UAUGUAAUGAGGAUCACCCAUAUCGCUGGUCACCUCGUGUUUAUCUGCUAGUUUCACGACUCCAGCAAUCUUUAUCAAGGUAGAUCCUGUCAGUGAAGGUUCGUGUUGUGAUACAGUACAGUGUGUAAGGACAAAUGCAGCAGUACGGAAUGGAUUGUGAGAUUGAUAGGAAACCUAUCAUGGAUAAUACAGUUAUACCUCAAGUGACAGAGCUUGAGAACAUGGAGGACUUCGAGGAGAAGCUGGACAUGAAGGUGGACAGUAACGUCUCGGACAGCGGCGAGGAGACGCCGUCGACGACGUCCAACAUGCCGGAGUCUCCUUCCUGUCAGAAAAACGCCAAGAAAUCGGGGGUAGGGGUGCGGCGAUCUGAGAAGCCACCCUACUCUUAUAUAGCUCUCAUUGUCAUGGCCAUACAGGCAGCACCAACCAAGAGAUGUACACUCAGUGAAAUAUAUCAGUUUCUGCAGCAGAGGUUUCCAUUCUUCAGGGGUUCAUAUCAGGGAUGGAAGAACUCUGUCAGACACAAUUUGUCUCUUAAUGAGUGUUUUAUCAAACUACCCAAAGGUAUUGGACGGCCAGGUAAGGGACACUACUGGACAAUUGACCCUGCCGCUGAAUUCAUGUUCGAGGAGGGAUCUUUCAGGAGGCGGCCUAGAGGAUUCAGAAGGAAAUGCCAGGCUUUGAAACCCUUUGGGAUGUUAAAUGGGAUGGGAGCCGCUCCCUCCAUGAUUCAAUCUCAUUAUGACUUUUUGCACUCGCAGAACACUGGCAUGUCACCCAUGAACAUGUCGUGCGCGGUCAGCACGUCUCAAGGGUACGUUGACAACAACAACAUGAUGAUGCCAGUCAACAGCAUGCAACAACACGUCAACGCUAGCUGCAGCUUCAACAACAGGUAUGCUCAGAGCUGUGCCAUGGCAGGCGUGACGGGUGUCAAUGCUGACUAUACCCACCUGACCAAUCUUCAGAACACCCCCUCGUCCUCCAUACCCCCCUCCAUGUACGACAGGGAUCACACCAUGCAGCAGACAGCGGCACAGUGGCCUACCACCCAGAGAUACCUGAAACAACAGCCCCUGUCCCCAACAGGUAGCACGGGGUCCAUGCAGAGCAUGUCCCCACCAUCAAGCAAUGACCCCAGCCCCUACGCUGCCAUCACGGCCGGGACUGAACCAGUAGACCUGGCCCUAGCAGGCAUGAGACUGCCGUCCCAAUCCUUUCAACAACCAUCGUCAUGUGACCGGAAGGCCUAUUUCCCAUACGGAACUGGAAGUAUGGCACCAAUGCAUCCGACGUCGUAUUAUGAGAAAUGCGCAAUGUGAGAAUCAUCUGACAUAAUGGCGGGGACUUGCAAUAUGUACAUAGAUCUCGCAUAUUUAUUUGAAAUCUCAAGGAUUCACGUCUAAGCCGUCCAUGCCAACUACUCCACAUGACGCCGCCGUCCAGCCGUGACGCCGACAACUACAACGACCACGCACUCAGGUACCAGUGCUAUGCACACAUUGUGUGCGCAGCCACAUUAUGACGUCAUCGGUAUUGUUCUCCAUCUGAUGUCACAGUGCCGUGUAAAUAAUGAUAUCUUCUCCAUCGUGGACAAUUUCAUAUUGACACUUCCAGAAGAAGAUAAAUUGGUAAUCUCGAUUACACAAUAAUAUACACAUUAAUUAGGAUUUCAUGCGUCAACAUGGGGAAAAUGGACUAUGCGAUGAUUUUACAAAUACCAUUUUUUUCAUGAACGUUAAUUUGAUGAUACUUAUUAUUUUUAAGCCAAAGUUUCACAGCGUGCCAAAUCGUGUAUAAACCUUUUUGCUCAGGUGGUGCUUUAGUUCCCUAUUUUACUCUGAGCGCCAAAUGAGAAUCUUAGAAGUGUAGAUAUGUGAAUAUACAAUGUCUAUAAAUGACUAUAUCUCUAUGCUCCCUCAAGUGUUCUUCGUCUGAUAAUGAUCCUUGAUUUGUCAGCACUAUACCAGUGCUCGUUGGUUUGAACAAAGUGCGUCACUUUGGGCUUUCAUCCCACAUCAAGCUGACCCGCCGUUGUAUAUCUGAAAUAGUGUUCAAUGCGGCGUAAAUCCCAACUCACUCACACACUCAAAUGUUUCACUGUCAAUGAAAAGAAUCAAUGUUGUCAUUUUCAUCAGAUGUCAUUUUUAUAAAUACACCGUUAUUGUUUGUCAUUAUUAUCUUGAAUUAUAUAUAUAUAUAUAUUUUCACAUGAUAUGUACAUUUUGAAUUUUGUCACUGAAAUUAAAAUUAUUUUAUAAUUUC